AUGCGACCUUUGUUCAACGCAUUGCGAAGGUACCUGCGGGACUUAAGCUUUCAGGACAUCCAGGCCUUGGGGCUCGCCGAAGACCUUGGCCUGGUGCACAAGGUCGCGGAGGCACGGCAUGCCACUGACACCGCCACGGACGCCAUGCUCAACGCCUUGAGGCGUGGGGUGGAAGAGCUCAACGUGAGGUGUGGCACCAGCCAAGAGGGUGAGGAGAGCUUGGCGGGCAGCCUUGCCUCGCAGCAGAAGUCCUUGAAGCAGUUGCAACAGCAGGUGAAGCAGAUGGAGGCUUCAGCCAGGGAGCAGGAGCUGGAGCAGUCCGUGCGACAGCUGCAGGGCCAGCUGCAGGCUCUGCAGGAGGAGAAGCGCCAGGUGGCAGAGGCUCUGGGCGCCAUGGCGCAGCAGCAGCAGGUCCUGGAGCAAAUGCAGACGCAGCUGCUGGCCGGCGGGGAACUCAUAGCGUCGUUUGCAGAGUCGGUUGCCACGGCCGAAGUUGAUGGCUGGUUGAGAGAUGCGUGUUUGGUGCAGUUUGGCUGCAGCUUUUCCCCGUUACACCGCCUGCACACGCUCUUUGCUUCUAUCGCGAUGGGCAACGCGUGCACGUCCGUCCAGACCGAGAUGAGCCUCCCGGUCCAGGCAGGCCUCCUGGCGCAAAAACGGGCAGGCAGUCCAUCAGUGGCCAUCAUUUACUACUCUACCUACGGCCACAUCAGGGCGCUGGCUGAGCAGAUCAAGACAGGCGUUGAAUCCACUGGUGUGAAUGUAGACCUGUUCCAGGUCCCCGAAACACUUUCACCAGAGGUCCUGAAGGCAAUGUCUGCUCCGGAGAAGCCAGCGGACGUGAUGCUGUUGGAUCGAAGUUUCUUACAGCAACUCCCUGAGUAUGACGGCCUGAUGUUUGGCAUGCCCACGCGCUUCGGCAUGAUGCCGGCGCAGAUGAAGGCCUUCUUUGAUGGGACUGGCUCGCUUUGGCAGUCAGGUGGGCUGGUGGGUAAGUUGGCCGGCACCUUUGUGAGCACUGGCACCCAGCAGGGUGGACAGGAGACUACGCACUUCACCACCCUCACUCAGCUGGUACAUCAUGGUAUGGCCUACGUGCCGCUGGGAUACCAGGCGGGCACGGAUGGUCAGUUUGACCUGUCCGAGAUCCACGGCGCAUCGCCCUGGGGCGCCUCGACCUUGGCCGGAGCUGAUGGCAGCAGGCAGCCCAGCCAGUUGGAGCUCAAGGUGGCGGGCAAACACGGCGAGGUCUUCGGCAAUGCCGUGAAGCGCUCGGUGGCGCCGGCUUCCAGCCGCAAGUUCAAGGUGGCGGUGGUCUACUACAGCAUGUAUGGGCAUGUGAAGAAGCUUGCUGAUGAACUGGCCGCCGCCAUGAAAGAAGAAGGACUGACCGUGGACCUGUUCCAGGCGCCCGAACUUCUGGCAGCGGACGUGCUGAAGAAGAUGGGAGCACCAGCAAAGCCGCAGGACGAAGUCAUGGACCAUGUGAAGGUGGCCAAGUUGGCGGACUACGAUGGCCUGGUCUUCGGUAUUCCUACACGCUUUGGCUCUGCAGCAGCGCAAAUGAAGGCCCUGUUCGACAGCACGGGCUCUCUGUGGCAAUCCGGCGCUUUGGCAGGGAAGCUUUGCGCCACUUUUACCAGCACCGGCACCCUCAAUGGUGGACAGGAGAGCACGCACAUGACGACCAUCACUAACAUGGUGCACCAUGGCAUGAUCUACGUUCCAUUGGGUUACCAAGCAGGCGCUGAUGCCUUCGACAUGACCGAGCUCCAUGGCGGCUCCCCCUGGGGUGCAAGCACUUUUGCAGGUCCUGAUGGCAGCCGGCAGCCCAGCGCGAUCGAGUUGAGGAUUGCCAAGAAGCAGGGCAAGGUCUUUGCCGCGAAGGCUCGGCUGGAGGAGCUGGAGCGCUCGGUGAGUGCGCUGCAGGGCCAGCAGCAGGAGCUCAAGGCCUCUGUGCAGGACGUGCUGAAGAUGUACCAGGCUUGCCCAGAGCAUGUGGGAUCCAUGGACAAAGUGGCCGUGGCCGCCAUGCUGCAGCCCGUCCAGCAGCGUCAGCAACAGCAGGAGAGGGAGCUACAAGAGCUGAGAGCCCAGGGCACCCCAGGCGGCUGCCAGGAGGUCAGCACUGUCCGCAAAGAGGUGGCCACCGUUGCGGAUGCCCUGAGCAUGCUUUGUACGAAGGUCGAAGAGCUUGCCGGCACAAACUCCAAUGACCGCCUCAGCUGUGAACUAGGCACCGUGGCAAAGGCUGUGGCGGGCCUCACUGAGCGGCUGGAGCUGCUGGAGGGAAGGUCCACGGAGGCCCUGCCCACGCCCACCAACUCCUCCUCCACCACCCGGGAGCGGCCUUUGACUUUGGAGCGCCCAGAGCGGCGCUCCGCACCCAGCCCCCGGCGGUGGCUGCAGGAGCCCCUCUCGGUGUCAGUGGGCCGGAGAUCUGAGGUGCCUGGCAUUCUGAGCAACAAUGACUUGCUGUCACGCUCUUCACACACUGCGCGAUGA